UUGAAUUAGGAUUGAUUCCAACAAAACUAAUCAAAAUGGACCAGCCGGGAUCGUCAUCGAGCUCGGGCAUCGUAAUUAAGCAAGAAGUGAUGCUGGAAGACGAUGAGCAACCCUCCGAGCUGGACCAUUACAGCUACCGGUCCGACGAUGAGCACGAAUCGUGCGAGCCGCCACUGUCCGCGGUGGAAUCACUGGACUCGGAGGAAACAAUGGACGCCAACAGUCCGUUAGAUCGAGAGGAUGGUGACGACUUCGAGGGUUCACAGACGUUCGUUCCGGUGUUGAAAAAGAAACUCGCUGCCUAUACGUCCAAGAUGAAUCCGAAUGACCCGUGGCACUGUACAAUGUGCUCGCACAUGUAUAAAAAUGAAAAAGCUAUGAUCGUGCAUAUAGAGGAGCACGUUCAAAAUUUGGAAAGUAGCCUUGCAAAUAACUGUUGCUGUUUGACUUGUCUGUUGAGCUUUCCUUCGAAAAAAGAACUUGAAAAACACAGAAAAACGCAUCACCGACCUAACGCCAUUACAAAGAAAAGGCCCAUUAUCAAACCUUUUCGAUGUAAAAUUUGUAGGGAAAAGUUUUCGUGGUCAAAUGCACUAAGAGAGCACUGCCGAAAUGUGCACGAUUUAUACCAGGUGGUGGGAACACCGGACUGUCCAGAGUGUGGCAAAGUGUGCGCCAAAACUACGGUUUACACCGCCCACGUUGUAAAGCACGAUGCUUUUAAACUGUGCCAAUAUUUCUGCGAUGCUUGUCGAAUGCCCCUCCUAAAAGGUGACGUCGAACGGCACCGUCAUAAGCACAAAGAAGGCCGCAUGUCUGCGGUAAACGGGAACGUCCUGUGGAGGACCCGCGAGGAGUCGCCCGAUCUCGACGGAAGUGACACCCAAUCGAUACCGGAGGAUCUUCCGCCUACAAAGCAGCUUGAUGAGGAAGAGACGGGAAGAGAGCCGGAUAUUGAGCAGGAUUUGCCGUGCUUUGCGGUUAUGAAAACGAAUGCGCCAGCGCUGACAAUCGUCAAGGAGGAGGUCAUCAUUGAGGAUACCGAGUUUGAGGAAGAUGUGUGGUGAAGGGCGUAAAUUAAUUUUGUUUUUAACUGUCGACACGUUUUUGAACAACUGUGAUGAGCACGAGUAAUCGUGUUCAAGUCAAAUACUAGACAUAAUAUUUUGGAAUCAAAAUAAAAUAUUACUCAUA